AUGGAGGAAAAUUCACAAGUAACUGACAUAUCAAAUCCCCAAGUAAAUGAUAAUUCACUGAUUAGUCGAGCAACUGAAGCUGUUCGUGAUUAUUUGGAAUAUGAUUUUGAAUGUCUUGUUUCUGAUGUCAAUAUAUUAACACGUAUGAAUCAAGCUUCAAGUGAACGUUACAUGGAAUUAACUACAAAUACAAAUGAUAUGACAAGAAAAUUAACUGAUGUGAACAAUCGCUUUGCUUCAUUAAGUGAUGCGCUGAAGAAAAUUGAUCAGUUCGAUAAGGAUAUAGAACAGUUGGAGAAAAAAGCGUUUGAAAUUGAAACUUCAACCAAACAACUAGAAAAUCGUUACAAUAAAUUGGAGGCUGAACACAAUCAUUGA